UUAAAUUUGAUUAUGUGUAACAAACAAGAUAUUGGUGGGUAGAAGUAUUUUCUGUGUUGCCUUUUGUCUCUUGUACUUUUACAGAUUAUUUUUAUUGCUCUUUUGGAAAAUGUAUCUUUUGUGUGCUAACUUUUAGCUCUAUUCCUGGCUCCUUUGUUUUGGUUAGCCUUUAGCCGUUUGUUGGUUUCUGUGGACAUGAUGACGAUGACGUUAUUUCCUCUUGUGAAGCAAAUGUCCUGAAAAGAUUGAUUGAAUCAUCAGCGGUUGUUCUGGCCUCGGUGUUGGAACAUGAUGUGUCUGUGAUUACAGCACUGUGACCUGCAGAGGGUUAACACAAGCAGAUCUGUGGUCCCUCCUCCUAAAGUUUGCUCAGAACUCACGCAGACACAGAGCAGCAUGCACAAAGACACACGUACACACACACACACACACACACUCUUCACUUGGAGCCAGCUUGGAGCCAGAGAGGUGGGACUGUGUUCGCCUCUGCGAGCCAACUGUCGUUCUCUGAGAGCUGUGUCUCCUCUCUCUCUGACUCCCCCCUUCUUCUCCUCCCUCUCCCUGGUUCUCUACUGGCCUCAUCACUUCCAUGGGACUCCAGAACUGGCUGCCCAGCCAAGCAGCACUUUCCUCCAUGGCCUGCCUUGAUGUGGAAACCCCUUCCCUCUGCAGGGGUAAAUUCAAAUCAGUCCUCCACUGUGUCUGCAGCAGAGGAGGACUCGGGAGCAGCUUGUGGAGCAGGGCAUCAUGCCACGAUUUACAAAGUUCUCUUCAAUUCUUCACAGCUCUGAAAACUCCUGCUGGUUUUCAUGAGCAAAUCCGAAGUCUGGAAAGAGCGAAGACUGGAACCUUCCUGAAGCAUAAACUCUGCAGCAGGCCUGAGCGAUCCGAACUAAUCCGUAUGCAUAUCCUACAAGGCAGUGAUGCGCAGGCUGAGGCCUCUGUGAAUGCCUCACGGAUGAAUCUGAAACGGGCCAGACUGGCUGAUGAUCUCAAUGAGAAAAUCUCCCGGCAACCUGGACCCAGGGAACUGAUGGAGAAGAAAAUCCUUCCUGCGGACUCAGAUGUGGAAGGCGUCCUGAAUGGUGAAAGGGUGAACUCUUUUAAAGCUCAGGAUGUGUACAGCUUUGAUGAAGACAACAGUGACACUUUAUCACCAGAGGAGAAGUCUUCCAAACAGGAAACUCCCAGAUCCUCCUCCUCCUCUUCUCUGAGGGAGUCUGAGGAGACCAGGGUCACUUCUUCCUCCCUUCAGCUAAACUCUCAGCAUUCCCCUCCAUCAUCCGAUAAGACACAUUCAUCGGCAGAUUUAGCCAAGCUCAUCUCCACCAAUGAUCAACAAGGCAACACACAGGCGUCUGCGCCUCAACCCAAAGCCACUGUCGGUCCCAGUGUCUCACCUGGACCAGUUCUUGUGAAGCAAACCCUUCCCAAGCUACCUGGAGACAAGGGUCGCAGCAAAAAGAGCAAAGAGCCCAAACCGUGGAUGAAGAAGCUGAAGUACCAUCAGUACAUACCACCCGAUCAGAAGCAGGAGGUCAUUGAAAUGCCCAUGGACUCCGCUUAUGCCCGCCUCCUCCAGCAGCAGCAGCAGUUCCUGCAGCUCCAGAUCUUGAGUCAGCAGCAGCAGCAGCAGCAGCACAACUACACUGGAAGCCUGCCUUCCACGAUAAACAGAACAGAAACAGAGGUACAAACCAGCUGCUCCGGUGGAAACGCUGCCUCCGCCCAGUACGUGCACGGGAACCACAAGCUGUAUCAUUUACCGGCAAAUCUGGACGAGAUGAAGGUAUCUGAGCUGAAAGUGGAGCUGAAACGCAGGUCUCUGCCUGUCUCUGGGACCAAGACAGAUUUAAUAGAUAGGCUUAGGCAGUAUGCGGAAACAUCCAACAUCCAAACUAACACUGCUGUGGAAAUGCCGGCCUCGCAGUUGACCCCACCUGUCUCCCCGAUUGCCACCAAGGUGUCCAGUCUAGGCCUAGAGGAUAGUAGCAUGGCAGACACCAGGGCUGUGUCGUCACAAAAAGCGCCGCAGGAGGAGUUUUAUCCAGAGAAGUCUUACUGGAAGGACUCAACGCAUUUGAGCGAGAAAGACUGUGAAAAGGACAAACGUCUCUACGAGAAAGAGCGUCAGAUCGAGGAGCUGAUGAGGAAGCUGGAGCAGGAGCAGAGGCUGGUGGAGGAACUGAAAAUGAAGCUGAAGGUGGAGAAGAGGAACCAGCAAAUAAAUACUUCACCUCGGCUCAGUCCUCUCCCUCCGGCCCAGAUCAAAAAGGAAACCUGCCCUACAUCCUGCAGUUCUCCUGCUCUGCCAAUGUUGGUGAAACAGGAAGAGGCUGCAGACCUGGGCCACAUGUCUCCCCCGGAUCAAUUCAUCAUCAGCAAUCAGACCAUCAAGCAGCCUGAGACUCUGCUGUCUGUGCAGGCCGGGCCACAGAUCCUGCUGCCUGCAUCUCUUCCCACUUCGGCGUUCGCCAUCCAGCUUCCAGCCAACUGCAUCAAAUUAAACAAUGCUGUUAGCAGCGCACCCCCAGGUCUGGCCCAGACGUCUGGACAGCAUCCACAGAAAACAAAGACACCAGCAGCUUCGCAGCAACAAAGCAGUGCUCACACUCCGCCACCUGUAGAGAAUCAGAGGAUGAACUCAGCAGCGCAGAACUUACUCGGCACAUUCCCAGGAAGCAGUUGUUCUACAGGACAUGCCAGUAAGUCUCCCAGUCACGGCCAGCCGGUGUUGACCGUGCACCAGCCUUCAUUCACAAACCACGUGUCAUCGUGCAAAGACCCGCCUCGCUACGAGGAUGCUGUUAAACAGACACGCAGCAUGUUAACGGCUGUGCAGAGUCCCAGUGCAGCGAGUCAGCAGAUGGAUGAUCUCUUCGAUGUGUUGAUGGAAAGUGGUGAAAUCUCACCCUUCAUCAAACAGGAUCCCCCCACCGUGGGCCAACCCAUCCCUGUCACUGCCAACGUUACCAUUCUUCCUGUCAGUACAGUUCUAUCCAGACCUCCUCCCAUGGUCCAUGUGGCCCACGCACCUGCUGAGGUAGCGAAAUCUUCAAAUUGCUGCGCAACACUGUCACCCGACCCCCAGCUGGACACACUCUUCAGCUCAGCUGCUGACCAUCAGCAUACGCUGAAGCUCAUUGACGCCCUGCGCUCACCCAUGGAAGCGGACUUUAACCAGGGCUCACCUCCGUCUGCUUUGACCUUACACAUGAACAACAUGGAAAACAUGGACUGGCUGGACCUGACACUUGCUGUGCCAGCAGAGGGCAUCCACUCUUUGGACAUGUCCACGUCAGUGGGCGUUUUUUCUCCCGACUUUGUGGACUCUCCUGAACUGUUUUGAUGUACAUGAUGUAAAUGUACAUAAACAGUUGCAGACCCACAGUGUUAGCCGUAUCAGUCUGACAUAAUAACCAACAUUUACUCACAUCUAAUCAAUAUACUAUUUUUUUUUUGUAUUCAAAAGUCCAUUAUUCAUGUAAGAAAACUCUAGAGGUAGGCGAUAGGAACAGUAGCUGGAACUUUCUUUUCCAUCCCAGGAGACUAAUUGAAGCACUAGGACUGUAUUUUGGUUCCUGGAGAGAGAGAGAACUUCUUGAUUGGUUGGGAAACUCACCGCCUUUUGUUUUACUGGAUAUUUUUAUACGAGUUUUGCUAAAGAACGACGGACAACGAAUGAGUUUUAGUCUAUGUGUAUUUUUGAUGACUAGGACUAUCCUUAAGCCCCAAGGACAACCACCAGUGCUGUCGGUGAAUUGCGGACACUUGGUGAAGGAUUUUUGUUAUAGGAUUUUUACCAGGGUGGGCAAAAAUCAUUCCAAGACCGAGUCAUGUAGCUCGAUCUGGUAGAAAAAUGUAUUUUAGCCAUAAAGAGAUUCAAACUUAAGACGGAAACCAAUUCCCUUUUUCUGCCUUAUUUUCCAAGUAUGGCCGACGUAUCUUAAAAUACGACUUUUGACGUAUGAACUGAUGAGUGCAGAAGUCCCAAACUGGUGAUGCAAGUCGGUUUGACAAGGCAAGGGACUACACACCAAAGACUCCGACCAAAGGACUAACGCAGAAGUUAGUCACGCAGUCUUCCACGGAGAACAUUUAGCCAGACUUGGACAUGGUAAAGGUCAGUAAAGAUUUUAGUGACAAUGGUCAGUCAAUGGUAACAAGCAUAGGCAAACAGGUAUUUGGAUACCUUAAAGUGACUACCUGUAUUAAAGAUGGUUUAAGGUUUUUUGUUUUUUUUUUGAGGCCCGGACACAUUUCAUAUUACAAAUAGUUAAUAGGUGAUUUGAGGGGGAGGGUGGUGUCCCCCAUGUUAGCAGAAUGACCAAAAUGGUUCCCCUCUGUCAGGGCAGUUAAGUUAAGGCUGUUUAAAAACAAUUGCCCACUGGAAAUAGUAAUGAAGGUUACUUAAUCAGUGUGAAACCCGGACCUGUUUAGUUGAACACGAUGAUACACUCGCAGGAAUUGAAGAAAGAUGCACAUGAAGACGUUUAACAUCUCUGAUUCUCCGUUUGAUAGUUUUUAUAGCCAUCUGCUGCCAUCUCCUGGAAGAAUAUUUAUUUGUUGUGCCUGUCGAUGUUGAAUGCAAAAUAUUUGCAGUAAUUAAAUAACUUAUGUAAGACCAAUUAAGUAAAGUUGGACUUUUUUUACAGCACAAUUUCCCAAAGUUUGGCUGGGCUCAUACUAUUGUAUGGUAUUGUAGUGCAAAUCAAAAAAAUUCAAUUUUCUUUGGCCAAGAGGAGAAAUGAAAAAAAUGACAAAACAAUUUAACAUUUGUAGAUCCGAUGUGUACCACUACAAGACUACAGGAGUAAUAUGGGAAAGUAAACUCAUUAAUGCAGACUAGUCCUGGUUCCAGACACUUUACAUGUCAAAUCCGCUUCUUGAAGUUUGUUAUUUUUUCCGAGCAAUAAAUUAUGCUGUUCUAAAAGUAAA